GACGCCUAACCCGAACAAAGGACUCAGAGACGCCAGACCCAUCGCGCUCCCUAUUUAGGACUGUAUUUGACUUUAGCAAAGACUAAAUUAUGUGUUCUGGAAAUUUCGCCAAAUGCCUGGGGAUAACCCUCCUCCCACUGGCCAUCAUCUGUGUCAUCUGCAACAUUAUGCUGUUUUUCCCUGGUGGUAAAGUAGCCGAUGAGAGCAGCGACAUCACAGAAGAAGUCUUUUACUUUGGAGGAAUUCUGGGAUCUGGUGUGGUGAUGAUUUUCCCUGCGCUGGUUUUCCUGGGCUUGAAGAACAACGACUGCUGCGGCUGCUGUGGGAAUGAGAGCUGCGGAAAACGUUUCGCGAUGUUCAGCUCUAUUCUGUUCGCCGCGGCUGGAGCUGUGGGCGCCGGUUACUCUGUUAUUGUGUCUUGUCUGGCCAUUAAUCACGGGCCCAAGUGCUUCACUACCAUAGAACAAGUUAACGCCUCUUACCCAUUUGUCGACGGGAACUACCUGUCCAACAGAACGCUGUGGAGUGAAUGUACGGGUCCGGGCGAUAUCAUCACGUGGCAUCUGACCCUGUUCUGCAUCCUGCUGGCCACUGGUCUGGUUCAGAUCGGUCUGUGUGCUUUCCAGGUGAUCAACGGGCUCAUCGGCACCAUCUGUGGAGACUGCUGCGGCUGCUGCGGGAGCUCCUAAACCACUCGGAAUGGACUUGGAUCAAUGACUCUUCAGGACUGAUCAUACAUCCAUAUCUGUACUUCUCAACAGUUUCUCACCUCAUGAUUUGUAUUUAUACUGUUCAGAUGGAUGUUGUUUUCUUCCGUGUUUGCUGUAUCUGCCUGACGGCUGAUGGCUUAUGAAGGCAACAUACAGCAAUAUUGUUAUAUAUAGCCUAUAUAUGAUGUUUCAUAUAGAUAUAGGAUAUUGAUAUAUAGUGUAUUGAUACAUAGUAAAAAGAAUAUUGAAUGUUUAUUCAAACUGUAGGAGAAUGUUAUUUUCAUACAAGUAUUUAGUCUUUUUUCAUGAUGGAUUAAGGGAACGUGCAAAUAUAUGGAAUAUUUUAUAAAAGAUAACGAUUUUUAUUAUUUUAUCUCAGGAAAUUGGUUGAAAUGUAUUGCUAUAUUAGUAAAAGAAUA